AUGGCGGCCCACGUGCCCGUGGCUCCCGGCCUUCCCCAGAUGCUCAAGACGGGCAUGAAGUACUUCAGCGGCAUCCAGGAGACGCUCUUCAGCAACCUCACGGCCUGCAAGGUUUUGGUGCGCUGCUUGCGCACCUGCUACGGCCCGCUGGGCCGCAACAAGCUGGUGGUCAGCCACCUCGGCCAGACCUUCCACACCUCCCACGCCGCCACCAUCUUGCGCGAGCUGGCGCUGGAGAACCCGGUGGCGUGCCUGCUGCGCACGGCGGCCGAAACGCAAGAGGAGGAGACCGGCGACGGCACAAACUUUGUCGUCCUGCUGGCCGGGGCGCUGCUGGAGAAUGCAGAGAAGCUGCUGAGGUCAGGGGUGCCGGUGGUCAACAUCCGGUCCGGCUACGAGAUGGCUUGCAAGGAGGUGUUGCGCUUGCUCCCCGGCCUGGCCUGCCACGUCCUGAAAAACCCACGUGACGUGGACGAGGCGCUGUGGGCCUUACAGGGGGUGGUGGGCAGCAAGGUCUUUGGCUACCAGAAGUUCUUGUCCAAACUGGUGGCCAAGGCCUGUGUCUUGGUGAUGCCCCCCGACCGCACCACCUUCAACCCAGACCUCAUCUGCCUAUGCAAAAUCCCAGGGGGCGGCGUCAUGGACUCCUGCAUCGUGGAAGGACUGGUGGUGUCCACCGAGGCCGAAGGGGUCGUCAGGCGCGUGGAGAGAGGCCGAAUCGUGGCUUACUGUUGCCCCUUCGGCCCAUCCGGAUUGGAAGCCAGGAACACCGUCAUGUUCCAAAGCGCCUCAGAGCUGAGGGGCUUCAACAGGGGCGAAGAGGAGCUCAUGGAGCAGCAGGUUCUGGCCAUCGCCAAGGCAGGCGUCAACGUGGUGGUGGUCGGAGGGAAGGUGGAUGAUUUGGCGCUCUUCUACGCCAACAGGUACAGGGUGAUGGUGGUUCGGCUGACGUCCCGCUCGGAGCUGCAGCGCCUGUGCAACGCGGUGGGGGCCACCCUGCUGCUCAACGUGGCCCCGCCGGCGGCCGAAGAGAUCGGGCACUGCCGUCGCGUUUACAUGAGCGAGAUCGGCAGCACCAACGUGGUGGUCUUCAGCCAAGACGGCACCACUUGCCCCGUGGCCACCGUCGUGCUGAGAGGGGCCACCGCGGAGUUGCUGGACAGCCUGGAAGAAGCCAUCCGCGACGGGGUCAACGUCUACAAGAUUUUGGGCAGCGACGCCCGGCUCUUGCCCGGCGCCGGAGCCACGGAGAUGGCGCUGUCGGUGAGGCUCCACACCCUGGGGAUGUACUACCCCGGAUCGGAGCAGUACGGCAUCUUGGAGUACUCGCAGGCCUUGAAAACCCUGCCGGCCACCUUGGCUGAAAACGCAGGACUCCCGGUCAACGAGGUGAUGGCGAAGUUGGAGAUUCAGCAACAGCUGGGGACGCAGAACACUGGCGUCAAGCUGGGCACGGAAGAGGCCGGCACCAUCGACGCCGCUAAGGAAGGCCUGCUGGAUCCGUUCUUGGUGAAGCGCCGGGGCAUUGUACUGGCCACCCAGAUGGCCGUGACGCUGCUGGGAGUGAGUGAAAUCAUGGUCGCGAAGAAGAGCGGAGGGCCGAAACCCCGAGAGCCAAAUUCCAACUGGGACCAAGAGCCGGACGCCCUGGAUUGA